AUGGGGUUGGUGGUUGCCGUGCCCCUCCCAGACGACUCAGACUCACAUUCGCCAGUCGCCAGUCGCCAGAAAAGUGAAACCUACCAGAGCAGCCAGACCACACGGUACAGUACCAUCCUCCAGAAAGCGAGCAGGGGGAAGGGAAGGGAAGGGAAGGCGGUUCAGCUGGCGGUCUCCUGGCGGGCUCCCUCCCCACUCCACCGAGCCCUCGCUGCGUCAGACAAACCAAACACUAGUCUUCGAAACACGCACAUCCCAUCAAUUGCUCCCCAAGACCCAAGCAGACGCAAGCAAAUCAUCGACUCAAUCGCGGAGUCGAGCAGUGCGACCAGGGUCCAGCCUGCAUACGAAGCAGUUCCUGCACCGCGUCGUUCUUUUAUUAAAUCAUUGGCGACGGGCGCUGAAUCUGGCCAUGGUCACUACAUAAAUUUACAACCUGCGCUGUUGGAUCCGAGACGGGCCCUGGCUGGCUGGCUGGCUGGCUGGUCGUCUCCGAGCACCCUCGGCUCUCCUCGCGUCUACAACCUUAAGUUCGUCCAAGUAAUUUACGUCUUGUCUCGCUGGAUUGUGUGGGAUUACCCAGAGUUAUCUCACUCAGAGAGUAUCAUGGCAUAUGGCCGCAUAGCCUCGCAGAACCUACCCGUUCCCGUCAUCGAGCAGCUCCUCGGUCCGCACAUCAAUCGAUGGACACCAGGACAUCAGAUCAGAUGUGCCAUAGGAACCUCGACUCGUCGACCAGGCCUCAAGAGGCUUCUUCUGCUUGCCCGCCCCGCUGUUGCUCGACCACUUACGUCCCCAAGCCCUCCAGGACCAGCUGAGCGGCUGCUCGCUUUGCACAAUGCUGCAGCAGCGCCCUUUGUGAGGCACAUCACACUCUGGAAGACUACCGCGACAGUGUCAUCCCUGCCCGGUCGCCUCAUUGGACGCGCCUCAAUGUCCCUCACCCGAAGCUGCGUCGGCGGUUAUCUCGAUUAGGCAAGGCUGCUAGACUGCACGACGUGCGAGGUCAACCUUCUCCAGACGUGCGCACGCCAAAAUGCAAGAAUGCGUGUGCCAGUCAGCAGAAACUGAUAAUCACCAGGUACCGCACCGAACCGCACCG